AGUAGCAUAAGCGCAUGCGCGUUUGAAUGACGCGUAUUGUGUGCGCUUGACUCUAGUGAGCGCGCGGUAAAAGCGUUUUCCAAAGUUUAUCGCGUCUCGUUGCCUUCGGAUGAGUUUCUGUCUCUGGUAAACAGAUCGCGGGUCCAGUAUGUUCACUCCCCGCGGCACACCGAGCUCAGGCCGCAGACAGGCGCCUCGCACCGGCGGUCGGAGGAGUGUGAGCUCCGUCCAGCCCGGGCAUCUGUUCUCUCCACGCCGCUCCGCUGUCACGGCCAGAUCCACUCCCACGCGGGUUCAGAGUCAUGCCGUUGUUGAUUCGUGCAAUUUUGAUGUUCAGACUUUCGGAUCAUCUCUACCUGUUAAAGUCAUGGAGGCGUUGACCAUGGCGGAUGUGGACGAUCAGAUCUCUGUGAAGGUGGAGGCGUCCGGUUGGGCGUGGAUGGUUUGUGGAGAGCGUCUGGUCGUCUGGAAAGUGUCUCAGACGUCUGUGGCAAAGCUGUCAGUGUGUAAAGACCUCCAGCUGCCGCCCAGCGAGUUUGCGUACAGCGCUGAUCUCAUCUCCAUCAACUCCUCUGGUCCACUCGAUCAUGCAACCAUACAGUCCAUCAGUGCUUUGGCCGUGUCUCCGGACGGCUCGGCCCGGUUCUGGCCCAGUCUGGCUCACGAGGGGUCCUACACUGAGAUCUCUCUGGACCUGGGUGGACACUUGUGCAACUACGUGGCGGCUGUAAAGGGCGGUAGUUUCAUCGUGUCGUCGCACCGCGGGCACCUGCUCCGGCUCGCCGCGGACUCGUCCGGUAAACUGCACCACAGGCCGGUCCAGCAGGGGCAGGGGAUGCUGUCGGGGAUCGGCCGCAGAGUCUCCAGCCUGUUCGGCAUCCGCGGCCAGCCAGCCGACCUCAGCGUGUUCAGUGUGUUGUGGGCGAAGGAAACCGGCAGUCUGUACUCCCUCAGCUCGUGUGGUCUCAGUAAAUGGGAGGUGGAUGAGAACAGCGAGACGCAGGUGUUGAGCUGGAGCACCAAUCAGAUCAUCUCAGACUGCAUCACCGACGCCAUCUGGGACUCAGAAAGCAACUAUUCAGAGAUCAAGAAGGGAGUGAAUGUGUCUUAUCUGGACAUGCAGUACAGCAACGCGGGGCCGGUGGUGUUGGCGGCAGCGUGGCAUCCGGGCGACACUCCUUGCGUGGCGUAUUUCUGCCUGGUCACUCUUGCAGAGAGCGUAGCGCCCUCCCCAGACCUGCUCACUGUGGAGGUCACCAGAUAUAACCCGCCCUUCCAGAGUGAGGACGAGCUGCAGAAGACGCGUCUGGUGUUGCCCGAGCCGUCGAGUCCCGCGGCGUACCUCUACAGCGAGGAGCUGGUGUUCGCUUGCAGCACUGGAGCGGGACGCGGAGGUCUUGCAGAGGAGAGGAUCUCCUUCAACUCUCCAGGUGAUCGUAUCCGUGGCGGUGGGGUGUGUGCCGGUCUCCCGGUGUUUUUCUCCCAGAACAAUGGGCUGGUUGCCAUUUUAGCAAGAGAAAGCGCUUCAAUCUUGCCUGAGACCAUGGAGGAUUCGCUCUGCACUUCAGUGGCUGGACCUGGACCUGAGGGCACUCCGUUAGAGACGCCACCCAAAAUAGACAUGGUGGCACAGGAGGACAAAACUAAACUGCUGAAACAAGCUUUCCUUCAGUUCUGCCGUCACGAUCUGAUUGGUGCUCAGAGCAUGGUGGACCAGCUCUUCCCCAGCGAUGGAGAGGGAGAUGCAGAGCUAGAUGCCAUUGUGACCCAGAUUGAUCUGGAUCUGGUGGACGACUACCCUGCAUGUGACCCCCGCUGGGCCGAGUCCGUUCCUGACGAGGGCGCUGGAUUAACACUGACGUCGCUGAUCCUGCUGCAUCAGUUGGAGGAUAAGAUGAAAGCUCACCGCUGCCUCAUGGACUUCCUGCUUCAGACAGGUCUUCUAGACCGCCUCACUUCCACAACAGUGCGCUCGUCCCCGAUGGCCACGCGACUCUUGCUAUGCGAACAUGCGGAGAAGCUGUCGGCCGCCAUCGUGCUGAAGAACCAUCAUGCCAAGCAUCCCGAGCUGUUGAACACAGCCAUCCUAUCAGCCCUGAAGAAGAACAACACCGAAAUACCAGCCAACCUCACGCCCGCGGACGUGUUCUUCAGAGAGGUGUCUCAGAUCUCCUCCAUCUUUGAGUGUCUGUUGGAUGAGGAGGAAAAAGCUUUGAAAGAGCAUCCGGAUGCCGCCAGGUGGGCCGAGGUCGUUCUCAACGUCAAUGACAUCGUCAAGGAUAUGCUUCAAGCAGCGGCACAGUACCGAGAAUCCAAAGCAUCUCUGUACAGAGGACCAGAGAACUGCAGCCCUGAGCCCGAGUACAUCCCAUGGACAGCCUCAGGAGGAGUCGGUGGGGUUCGGAGCGUCAUCACGCGGCAGCACGAGCUGAUCCUGCACGCCGCGUACCCUCACGCUGACGCAGAGCUGCGCGCCGUCCUGAGCGAGCAGCUGGUGGCGCUGUUGGACUCUCUGCUGAGCGGGUACGUGGCUCAGCUGACGUCUCUCCGCCGCUCGGGACAGCAGGAACGCUACGACGCGCUGGAGAACGAGUACACGCAGAAGCGCUCGGAGCUGCUCGCACCUCUCUUGGAGUUGGGUCAGAAUCAGUGGGUCGCAGCGCUGGCGGAGAAAUACUGUGACUUUGACAUAUUGGUGCAGUUGUGCGAGCGGACGGAUAACCAGAGUCGGCUGCAGCAGUACAUGGUCAAAUUCGCUGAUCAGAACUUCGCUGACUUCCUGUUCCGCUGGUACAUGGAGAAAGGCAAGAGAGGGAAGCUGCUGUCUCAGCCAAUCGCAACACACCAACAGCUGGCCAGUUUCCUGCAGGCUCACGAUCACCUCAGCUGGCUGCAUGACAUACAUGUGCAAGACUAUCAGAGAGCCCAUCGUACCCUGUACAGUCAGGCCAACGCAGAGACGCGAUACUUCAGCAAGAAGAAGACCCUGCUGGCCCUCAGCAAACUCACGGCUCUCGCGUCAGACAUGCCUGAAGCCGUUCACCAAAGACAGCUCACCGAUAUAGUGGAGCAGGAGCGGUUUCUGCUCCAUCAGGAGACUCUUCCUAAACAGCUGCUGGUGGAGAAGCAGCUGAACCCAGACAGCAUGCCUCUCCUGAGCCCUCAUAACCUCAUCACUCUGUACAUCUGCGACGAGAACCGCGGCGCCAACGAGUACGACUUUAAGAAAGCGCUGGAUCUGCUGGAGUACUUGGAAGAGAAGGAUGCGGUCGAUAUUGACGCCCUGAAACGAGAGAUCUUCAGUAAAGCCUUAAUGAAAGACUGGAAGGAGAGUUGGUCCUCUUCUGAUGAUAAUGACGAUCCUCUAGAAGCAGCCAGAGACAGCACUUUCAUCAAGAUCCUACAGAAACUCAUUCAAGAAGGUGUUCCUCUGCAGUCGUACCUGCCUGAAGUGAAGGAUCUCCUGCAGGGAGACGAGCUGGCGAGUCUGAAGUCAAAGCCCUACUUUCAGUUCCUCCUGCGGGCCAAUUAUGAGCACUACCUGAAAGCUCAGAUAUGACAUCACGCUUCUACUGUGUUUCCUUGUUAAUAUUACAGUUGUGUUUUGUACCGUUUCAUAAACCAAUAAAUUACUACAUGAUCCAACAUUUAAAAUAGUUGAAUAAACUGUAUUUCUGUAUCAC